ACGAACAGACGUUCUUAGCUCAGCCUCCGGCGUACGCGUCACGUUGGUGUGAUUACUCUCUUCAAUAGUAAUAUUAACACUUUAAAAUGGGGAUAGCGGCAAUUAUUUUCGACCUAGAUAAUACUUUAAUAUGGACGAAACAAUCUGAUGCUAAUGCCUAUGUGCAGGUGACAAGAUUCAUCCAGAAAGAAUUUCCGAGCUGUAAUGCCGAAAGCAUUGUCUCAAACUUCAGGAAGUUGUUACAGUCUGCAGAGAAAGAUCCAGAAAACAAGAUUCCCAUUGAUGAAUGGAGGACCCGACUGUGGAAAACUGCACUAAAUUCCAACCAGAACGAAGAGUUGGCUUCAAGAGUUUAUCAACUCUGGAAGAAACUACGGCUUGAGGGGUUGUAUUUUGAUGAAGAGGUGAAGGCCCUUCUUAAGCAGUUACGGUUGAAAUAUAAAUUACUUCUCUUAACAAAUGGAGACAGUAAAGUUCAACGAGAAAAAGUUGAUCAGAUCGGGGCCGAAGAUUUCUUUGAUGAAAUUGUUAUCAGUGGAGACCAUCCCGAACCAAAGCCACAUCCAUCUAUCUUCAAGACAUCUUGUAAACUACUUGGUGUAGAAGCUUCACAGUGCAUCAUGGUUGGUGAUAGCCAGGAGACAGAUAUCCAGGGUGGCGUUAAUGCCAAGGUCCUCGCUACAGUGUGGAUUAAUCCUUACGGGAAACAACCAAGCUCAGACUAUGUCAAAGCAGAUUAUAUAAUCAAGUCUGUUCUGGAAAUAGACAGCAUUUUGCAACAACUUCAGCCUCCUUUGUGAUGUUUUUUUUUCUUUAUGUUCAGUUAAAGACAUUCCAAAUAUUCCAUCUCGCUAUUUAUUGCAUUUUGACAUUUCCUUUGCAUUCCUAAUUUGUGAUAAGGCUGUGAAGAUUGAAGGAUGGAAAGAUGGUUAUUUUGCUAUGGAGAUUGAAGAAUUUAUUGGAAGAAUAAAGUAACCUAAAGUGUACAAGCACACAUCCAUUCUUCUUUCAAAGUGAAAUUUAUGUUCACAUGUAGUUUCCACCAGGCUGUGAAGCAGUUUUGUACUUCUAUCGACUGGUGUUGUUAAACAGGAGUAUUUUCAUUUUACUGAAGCUAAAUACGUUUUAUAAUGACCCAACUGACCGCCCUUUCACACAGUAAAAAAAAAACAUAAUUUGAAUGAUGAUUCCAGUGAAAAAUAAGGCUAAUGAUGAAUUUUUAGCACGUGUGAAACCAAACUAGAACAUGAUUAGAAUCACGAAACGCUAAUCACAAAUUCAAAAUCCACUCCGGAGGUGAAUUCCAGUUAAGUUUCACUCAAAUUACGGAACAAAUUUUGCGUGUGAAAGGCUUGACCUCCAAAACAUCUUUUGGGGGCGGAGCUUCCGUGACCUUUCAGCCCCCGUCUUCUUAAGAUCAUGAGUUUUGUUGAUUUCUAAAAUUUAGUAAAUAACAAAUUAAAACUGUCUAUAAAGAUUUGUUUACAGUAUGUAAAAAUCUUAUUGCAAUUGAUUUAAAUUGCACUGCAUGUAAGCAAGCAAUGAUGUGCCGUUGCUGUAUUUUGAGGUUGGUGCAAUUUGAAAAUUUGCCAAAUUUUGUGUUUAGCUCUCAAGAAUGGCAUGUUUUUAUUUCAUUUCAAAGAAUUGAACGCCCAAGUCAAAUGGGUCUAUUUCCAAUUGGUCUAAUGCCAAUUCAUUCAAUUACCAACUCGUUUCCUAUCAUUUGGUCUACCAUCAGUUCGUCCACUUUCCACAUUGUCUCAUUGCCAAUAGGUUCAAUAGCCAUUUAGUCCAUACACAUUCGGUCUAAUCAGUGAAAAGACCUAAUGAUACAUUGACAGAGAGACAAAUCAAACCUACAUGUACUUGAAAAAGUGAGGAAAUGAUGAAUUUACUUUCUUGCCUAGAUACUAAAAUGAUGGUAUCAUGAUAACUUUUGAUGUGAAUUGAUAUGUGAUGUUAUAAAUAAAGCUGUAAAGAAAAGUGGCAUAUUUUAUCUGCAUGUAUAUGAGGCCUUCAUGGAGUCGGGCGUUGCUCAGGAACUUGUGUAUAUAAUGAAGCAGAGAAUAAUUCCACACAGCAUGCAAUACAUGUAUACUAUUUUAAUUAUUUUUUUUAAAUUAUGAAAAUGAAGGGUUAUUUCUUAUGAUAAAACAGACUGACAGACAGGGCUAAACUCUACAAUUUUUAUGGAACAUUUUGAUGGAGACUUACACAUUUGUUUUUCUCAACGCAAUAUAUUACUAUUGAUUUCCACCAUCAACAAAAUGAUUCUUUUUUUUAACAUUACUUUAAUAUAUUGAGGGAUUAGUCUCCAAUCUUUGUUGUAAAUGUUGAAGGGUUAAAUAUUCCUUCACUCACCAUCAAAGCAUAAUGGUUUACUAAUUCAACACAUGUUUAUGCUGGUAACUUACAUGUACAUGAUGUGAUUAUUUCAUUGUGAAUUAACAUAUGGGGUGUAUUUCAUGAAAAGUUUUGUUAGUGAUUUCACUGACAAAUGUGUACUAAGGAAAUCAGAUGCUACAUGUAGGAUUUGCCAUAGCUCCUAACAUCUAGCAAUUCAUGAAAUGAUCCCCUGGACUAUGUACAGUGAGUACAAUGUAUGCUGCCCUGUUAUUUGCCCAUGACAUUUGAGAAGCACUUCAUGAAAAAAAACAAUGAUUUUCACUGACAAAGUUUAUGAACUACUGAAUUCCCUGCACCCAAUUGGGUGCAUGUAUUAAAUGUUUUGUUUUGAGAUUAAUCAGGGACGUGAGAGGGACGUCCCUGGAUUAAUUAAGGUAUACUUUUAAACAGUGUCGACUGUUCACUCUAUUACCGGUAUCAGAUCAGUACCAUAGAAAUUUAUGUUUCCAGAUGUGUUUGAAUUUUACUUUGAAUCAGCAUUUGACGUGAAAUAUCUUUACGUGUCUCAUUACCAUCCCAUUGGUGUCGCAACUGGUAAUUACUAUAGUCUGAAAGACUCAAUUGGUUCCUGGAUUUAUUUUCCAUUCAUUAAUGGCAAUUUUUUAAAGGAAAGAUAAUUUGUCAAAAUUUAUCCCAAAAUUAGAUUUUUGUAACAAAAAAUUCAAAAUUUUGGCUCGCUCGCAACUUUAAAAAAAAUUUGCUCUAUAGGCCAUAUCUGGCCCCCUAUGACCGGGAAAUUUGUUGCUCCCCCCCCCCCUCCCCCGACCCCUGAUUUGGACAGGUAAUCCAGUGUGAACAGGUUGCAAUUUGUUAUUGAUUUUUUUCCAGUUUGAGUUUUUGUUUAUCAACUCAUGGCAUACCGUAUCUGAUAUUGUACACAUCAUGUAUUCUUGAAUUAUUGCCAUAUUCAUUUUUAUCUGAAUUUUCAGAUCUCCGAAAGGUAUUUUGUUCUGUUUGAGCCCUGUAUUAAUAAACUUAGAAUGGCAACAUUUUGUAGUCUUAAACUGAGAACUAUAAUUAAUUUUCUAACGCAAUUAAAUUUACUGGUAUUCAA